AUGACUUCCGAGUUACAACUUGAUUACGAGGAAAACUACAACGUUCCUGUGCUUGGAGAUCCAGAACAGGUCGUUUCGACUGUUUUGACGAUCCCGCCAGCAUUGUAUCUGGACGAAUUCAAAUAUAACCUACCCCCUGCAACAAGAAGGCUGAUUAUCUUUCUACACGGGAUCGGAGCCCAUAAGAACUUUGGGUUCCAGCCAGAACUCGUGCGUACGGUGACUAAAGAACUGGGCGUUUACACAGCCCGAUUCGACUUUAGAGGAUGCGGAGACUCGUCUCCAGGUGACCCUCAGGCCCGAACUUUGGAACAAGAUGUCGAAGAUCUAGACAGCGUGAUCGAGUUUUUCUCGUCCGGAGGCCAUCAGGGCACACCAUUGAACGUCGAUGUUAUUUGUGGACACUCGCGUGGCGUGAUUGCGAUGUUCAAUUGGGCAUUGAGACAACAAACGUUGAAAAAACCACAGGUUUACAAUCUGAUCAACCUUGCUGGUCGCUUUGACGGUAGAGGCUACGAGAGAAAGGCAUUGAAGACUCAUCCCGAUUACAAGGAAAAGGGCGGGUUCAAUUUGUCCGGAUACGUAAAUGGGAGAUACCGGGACGUUUGGUGUUCGUUAAGAGAAAUUGAGAGCGUUUCCUCGCAGGAUAUGAAUAAAGUCGCCAAUUUGGACGGUUUGGUUCAGGUUUUGAACGUUUACGGGUCCGUUGAUGAGGUCAUUCCUCCAGAAGACAAGUAUUCCUACGAGAAGGUGCUUGGAAAGAGGGGAAAGCUCGUGGUUAUUGAUAAGGCCAAUCACAACUUUUUUGGGUGCCAAGUGUACGACGAUCCGAACUCCCCGGAUUAUCAGCUCAGAGACGGGAACGUGAUUAUAGACAACAAGCCAUACCCUUUGAAACGCAGCAGAAAGGCCAUCGAUUACAGCGGAGAGCUGACUAAAAUUGUUCUGGACUGGCUUUCUCCAGAAGCCAGCAGUCAACGGUUCUAUGAGAGCUCGUUGUACAUCGAUGCGAACACACCCAGAUGGAUCAACGUGGACGGAUUGUCCAACGUUCGUGACCUUGGUGGCUGGAAAACCAUCAACGGGGACAAAGUCCGGUCGAGACUGCUGUUCCGGUGUGCGGAUCCGGGCCGUAUUACGGAUUCCGGUAUCCAAACCUUACACGAGCUCAAGAUCAAGGCCGUGUUUGAUCUGCGGUCGCACGAGGAGCGCGACGAGGUCGGGUCAUUGGAGAUUCCCGGUGCUACCAACUUUCAUGUUCCGGCGUUUGACGCAAACUUGUCGCCGUUACAGGCGAUCAAGCACUAUGUCUACCUUCUAACGUCGUGGUCGACAUACCUACAAGUUUACAAGGACGUGCUGGAGAGCGGGGUGGAGGCGUUCAAGACGGUGUUUGAGUUUCUGCGCGACCACCCCGACGAGCCGAUCGUGUUCCACUGCACGGCAGGUAAGGAUCGCACCGGUGUGGCGGGGAUGCUGAUUCUGCUGCUUGCCGGCGUCGACCCUUGGAUCGUGGCGCGCGAGUACGAGCUGACCGCUGUCGGACUGAAACCGGAUCAUGACACCAUCAGAAGUAAGUUUUUCACCGCCUUGAAAAAAAUGCCAGAGUCCGAUUCGAAAACACGGCUGAUUCAAGGGGUUGUGCGGGGCCGCGCGAACUGGGACUUUGAGGAGGACGGGUUCCAGAACCUGAUCAGCAGCCGGUACGAGGCGCUGCGUGCGACUAUCGACUGGGUGAACGAACACUAUGGCGGUGUUGAAAAGUACCUUAGUGACCGUGUUGGUUUGCAAGACGUUGAUUUGGUUCGAGCACACCUUUUGGCCCCAAAGCCUUCGAUAACCGAAAUAUAG